GUCUAUAUAUUUAUCAACGAUAUUAUUAUCUUUAGUGAUACUAUAGAUAAGUAUACUAAGUACCUAGAAACUAUCUUUAGCUUCUUUGAGAAAAAGAACAUCUCUAUUGCUUUAGCUAAAUCAUAUAUUAUAUACCCUAGCGUAGAGCUACUAAGUUUCUACGUCGAUAGAUUUGGACUUACUAAUAUAGAGCACUGUAUUACCGCCUUUAGGAACUUCGUCUUUCUAAAUAACCUAAAGGCCCUAGAGCAGUAUAUCAGUAUA